GGGCGGGCCCGGAUGGCAGACCUGUUUCCAUUUGAGACGGGGUUCCUUCUACCGGUAUUAAAAAAAAAAUAAAAACAGUUCGUUUAAAAAAAGAAGGGGGGGGGGGGGUCCUAUUUGCAUAAGGGGGUGUCGUAGGUGUGCAAUUGUCGCAGUUUACUGUGUGUAAGUAGGGAAUGAGCGACGAGAAAACGACCCCAAACUGCAAGACGAGCCCCGGGAGCCCCAGUAUUGAGCAAAUGCUGGCUCUGAACCCUGGCAAGACCCCCAUCAGUUUGCUGCAGGAGUAUGGAACAAGGAUAGGGAAGACCCCCGUCUACGAUCUGCUGAAAGCUGAGGGACAAGCCCAUCAGCCCAACUUCACUUUCCGUGUGACUGUGGGAGACAUCAACUGUACAGGUCAAGGGCCGAGCAAAAAGGCAGCGAAACACAAAGCGGCCGAGGCGUCUCUCAAGCAGCUGAAAGGAGGCAACAUGCUGGAGGCGCUGGUCGACGGGGUCAGCUCACAGUUAGAAACCAAAACAUCCAGCGUGGCGCAGCAAGCAGAGUGCAAUCCGGUGGGAGCUUUGCAGGAGCUGGUGGUACAGAAGGGCUGGAGGCUGCCGGAGUACACUGUCACUCAGGAGUCUGGCCCCGCCCACAGGAAGGAGUUCACCAUGACCUGCCGAGUCGAGCGAUUCGUCGAGAUCGGCAGCGGCACCUCCAAGAAGCUGGCAAAGCGCAACGCGGCGGCCAAGAUGUUGGCGAGGAUUCACGACGUGCCCAUGGACCAGCGCAAUGGCAACGAGGCUGAGCACGAGGACGACCAGUUCUCCAUCAACCUGAGCACCAAGCCGGAGAGCGGGAAGUACAAGAGCCCGGGCUGCACCUGGGACUCCCUGCGGAACAGCGCUGGGGAGCGGGUCCUGCACCUCAAGACCAACCCCCUGGGGAUGCCCAACUGCAACUCCUGCUCCCUCCUGAGCGAGCUGUCGGAGGAGCAGAGAUUCGACAUCAGCUACCUGGACAUCGAGGAGCGGAGUCUGAGUGGGCUGUGUCAGUGUCUGGUUGAGCUGUCCACGCAGCCCGUCACGGUGUGCCACGGAUUCGCCCCCACGAAGGACGCAGCCCGGGCUGGCGCCGCUCACAACGCCCUGCAGUACCUCAAAAUCAUGGCAGGGGGCAAGUGAGAGCCCGGGACUGGACCCAGACUGCAGCCUAAAGACAUUGAACCAGGAUUCCUGUGAGACCAGACCUUCAAACUCUCCCAAACCACCACUGCUCUCCGAGUCUUAAUGUGAACCUUGCUUUGAGUGCACAGAAUGUUCUUCCCUGGCUGCUGGAGAGGGAUGGGGGUGGAGUUUGCAUCAUAAAACUUAUGACAUCACAGAGAACAGUCCCAAACGGAGUGUGAGUGAAUUCUAGAAUCAUCCAGUUAAUUCUGGCAUUAGUGUGACAGUUCUUGAUCAGUGGGUUUCAAUUACAAAAAAAUUGUCGGUCUGCAAGCAGGCUGUGCUGUGCAUGGGGGCCUAUGUGACGUUUGUGUAUCAGAACUGUGUCAUGUCCUGGUGUUGCAGGAUAGCAUGUUUUGGAGUCCCAGGGGAAGGUAAUGUAUUAUAUUGUGUGUGUGUGUGUCUGUGUGCGUAUUAUUAUUUAAAAACAAAUUAGAAAUUAAUACCUAUGCACACCUACGUUUUACUCAGAAAAGCAGGUGUUUUUAACUCGAAUUCAUUUUGUUAAAAAAAAAAAAAAACAACAAAACACGCACACACACACUUUUGUUAUCAAUAAAAUAAUGAUAGUUGUUAGAAAGUUUUCUAUACCAUGCUGACUCGGGGCUGUACUGUAUGGUCCAAUAUAAACAUUUUAUUACGAACUUUGCAUAAACAGUAAGAUUAAUUCUCUGGGGAUCCCAAUAGUAGCUACCAGUAAAACUAGCUUUUAAUAGAGAAAUCUGCCUUUUAUAAUCCCCAGUCGUCUCUUCUGUAUCCAUUGCAUAUAGUUCUGUGUCCAUUGCAUAAUUCUGAUUUAAUUGUAACGGUUACAAAUGUUUGUUUUUUUUUCCCUGGACCGCGCCCGUCUUUGUAAGCGGGAGAGCUGUAAUUCGAUUAUUGUCUUUUCAAAUGUCUUUCCCUUUUACGGUGUUAUUGUUUGCCUUUCGCUUAGAUGGGGGACAUCGAUAGACACCGGAGACAUGUGUCUCUGCAUCAACCAAGGCUCUUUUAGCUGUAGACAUACAUGCUGUAGACAACCUGAACUAGGCUUCGCUGAAAAGGCAGUCACUUUCAGCCUGUUUCAUUCAGCUGUGGUGAACCCUUGAUUCUACAAGAGGGCAGAAAUAGUUGGCAAGCCGCAGUGACCUUCAUUGUUGUGUUUAGAAUAGGAAAUGUACACUGUGUGCGAGUCAAUGCAAAGUCUUCGUAAACACUUGUGUGUGUGUGUGUGUGAUUUAAGAGAUGCCACUUUCUACCUCCUGUUCUUUGGUGCUUCUGUUUUGAAUAAAUGACGGUUGCAGAAAUCA